AUGUUCGGAUGUAGGGGACGACAUCACUUAAUUGUCAAGAGUGCGGCGACUUGCCAGAUUGUAGUAUUCAUGAGUGACGAGCGAAGGAACAGCGAGUGCAAGGAAAUACGGAGAUGGUCGAUAAGAUUUGCUCUCCUGGCGACAGGUUCUGUGACAGGCGUCACAAUGAAAUCGGUACUGAACAUCAUGCAAGGUUUCUUACCUUACAGAGUGUGGCUGCCAUACAACACGAACGUAACAGUGAUAUUUUGGAUCACUUCCGUUCAUCAAAUGGUAGCUAUAAUUCUCGCCACUAUCGUAAACGUUGCCACGGAAACUUUGGUUUUUGGUUUCUUUCUGCAAACGUGCGCCCAGCUCGAUAUUCUCGGAAGUCGUUUUCGCAAAUUAAAAACCAAUAAUGCGACCUAUCAUCAAAAGGAUAUUUCACCGUCUUCGAAUGCGAAAAAAUCAAUAAUUUCACAACAUAUACGUCAUCAUAUCAGCAUUUACAACUUUGCUAAAACGGUGAACUUCGUAUACAAUCAGGUACUUUUCAUCCAAUUCUCUGUGAGCAUAUUGGUGCUGUGUACAAGCCUAUACUAUAUCUCGACGCAUUUCACGGAGACCGAAUCUGCGACUAUGCUGGUCUACGUUUUUUGCAUGUUUGUCCAAAUCUUUUUGUAUUGUUGGUCUGGCAACGAAGUUAUACUUAAGAGUAUGAACAUAGGAGAUGCGGCGUAUAACAUGGACUGGCCUCUGUUAUCUAUCAGCGAGAAGAAAGAUCUACUGAUGAUCAUGAGACGCAGCACUGUUCCCAUAAGAUUUAGUAGUAGCUUCUUGAUAACUCUAUCUCUCGAGUCUUACUGCAACAUACUGAAGACAUCGUACUCGGCGUUUAACGUGUUGCAACAGUCCUGA